AUGAAAGGAAGGAGACGAAAGGAAAAAUGGUUGCUUUUGCUUGAGGAGCUUUUGGACCCAAGUGGGUUUCCCCAUGGUGGGGUCGGAGUGAAUGGAAGUUUGAUCCGAGGUGUCCGGGAGCUUAUUGCUAGAGAUUGGGAGGUGCGCCUCCUCCAUGAUUGGCGUGAAUCAAAUUUUGCGGCGGACUCGUUGGCCUCAUUGGCUACUCGCAGCCCUGCUGGGCUUCAUGUGUUGCAACACCCUCCGGAUGACGUUAACCCGUGGCUGGAACACAAUAUCAUUGCGGUUGGAAUCAGCUGCCGCUUUCAGCUAAUUUGCGCCGGCCCUGUGCCAUACAGCACAUCCAUGGCGUCCAGGAACAACAAGAAGGAAAUCAAGUCGAAUUUGAAGCCUCAAUAUGACCAGCACGAUGAUAAUGAGUAUACUGAAGCUCUAUUCCCCCAGUCUUCUUCAGUUGAAAAGAGUGACCAAAUUUCGACUGAGCAUGGAAUGACCACAAGUUCUCAUCAUUACUUUGGGAGCACUGAGGAUGGUUUCUCCAUCAGGAUCAUCCAGAAUAUGAAAGAAGAAUACGGACUUUUUGUAUGGCCGUCAAGUAUAAUUCUAGCGGAGUACGUUUGGCAGCAAAAAUCACGGUUUGCUGGGGCUAAUGUUGUUGAACUUGGUGCUGGAACAUCAUUGCCUGGAUUGGUUGCUGCUAAAGUUGGUGCAGACGUGACAUUGACUGAUGAUUCUAGUAGAUCAGAGGUGAUGGAUAAUAUGAGAAAACUGUGCAAUAUAAAUAACCUCAAGUGCAGGGUACUGGGGCUUACAUGGGGUUUAUGGGAUGAACCAGUCUUCAAUUUACGCCCAAAUAUCAUCCUUGGAGCUGAUGUGCUCUACGACUCGAGUGCCUUUGAUGAACUUUUCGCAACCGUGACAUUUUUACUCCAGAGAUGCCCAGAUUCUGUUUUCAUCACCACAUAUCACAACAGAAGUGGACAUCACCUCAUCGAGUUUUUAAUGGAGAAAUGGUGUUUGAAGUGCACGAAACUUGUUGACGGGUAUUCCUUGAUGCCCUCUCACAAGGCAUCAACAUUGAGUGGCAACAUUCAAUUAGCUGAGAUUGUUUUGGAUACCAAUGGAUCUCAACGAGCUAAAUGCAAAUCAACAGUUAUGAAAAGUGACUGA